GCAAAUGUUCACUUCUGGUUUCCCUACGUCUGCCUGCAAGUGGGGGCAGUAUGGCAGUGUGGAAGACCUAGAAAGGGACAAGGAGAGCUACAGUAACAGAGGCUUAAAUAUAUCCUAGGUGAAAAGGUGAGGAAGGAAACAAGAGCAGAAGUGUUAUAAGAAACCAAAGCGGCCUUUUGAGAAGGGAUGCAAGAGCAGGCCCCUGAGCAGUUUCACUUCCUCUGGGCGCCCAGCAGAGCGGAGCCCUGGCCUUGCGGGCAUGAGCCCCCGGGCUGCGUUUCCUGAGACCUGGCCGCAGCCGCCCGGGGUGGCAAGCGGGCUGGGGAGAGCCGGGGGCCAAAGGAAAAGAAAAUCGCGAGGAGUCUCUGGCCGGGAGAGUUCAGGCAGCGCUCGGCGGGCAGCAGUGCGCAGGCCCCUCGGCUUCAGCCGCCACAAUGCUGCCUGCAGCGCCGGGCAAGGGGCUUGGAAGCCCGGACCCGGCCCCCUGCAGCCCAGCGCCCCCAGGAAAUACAAAAGACAUCAUAAUGAUAUAUGAAGAGGACGCUGAGGAAUGGGCUCUGUACUUGACAGAAGUAUUUUUACAUGUUGUGCAAAGGGACGCGAUCCUGUUAUAUCGCUUGGAGAAUUUCUCUUUUCGGCAUUUGGAGUUGCUGAACUUAACCUCUUACAAAUGUAAACUUUUGAUAUUAUCAAAUAGCCUGCUUAAAGACCUAACUCCAAAGAAAUGUCAGUUUCUGGAAAAGAUACUUAAUUCACCAGAAAGUGUAGUUACUUUGCUUUGUGGAGUGAUGAGUUCACAUCAGCUUUAUGAAUUAUUAAAUAUCUCUCAAAGCAGAUGGGAGAUCUCAACUGAGCAGGAACCUGAAGACUACAUCUCUGUAAUCCAGAGUAUCAUAUUCAAAGAUUCUGCAGACUACCUUGAAGUCAACAUUCCAACAGACCUACAAGUAAAACAUUCUGGGGAAAUAAGUGAGAGAAAAGAAAUUGAAGAACUGCCAGAAGCUUCAAGAAACACCAUACCACUAGCAGUGGUGCUUCCUGCUGAAAUUCCAUGUGAGAAUCCUGGUGAAAUAUUCGUAAUUUUGAGAGAUGAAGUAAUUGGUGAUACUGUGGAAGUUGAAUUUACAUCAAAUAAUAAGCGUAUUAGAACACGGCCAGCCCUUUGGAGUAAGAAAGUCUGGUGCAUGAAAGCUUUAGAGUUUCCUGCUGGUUCAGUCCAUGUCAAUGUCUACUGUGAUGGAAUCAUUAAAGCCACAACCAAAAUUAAGUACUACCCAACAGCAAAGGCAAAGGAAUGCCUAUUCAGAAUGGCAGAUUCAGGAGACAGUUUGUGCCAGAAUGGCAUUGAAGAACUUGAUGGUGUCCUUACAUCCAUAUUCAAACAUGAGAUACCGUAUUAUGAAUUCCAAUCUCUUCAAACUGAAACUUGCUCUCAAAACAAAUAUAUUCAUUUCAAAGAACUUCCAACUCUUCUCCACUGUGCAGCAAAGUUUGGCUUAAAGAACCUGGCUAUUCAUUUGCUUCAAUGUUCAGGAGCAACCUGGGCAUCUAAGAUGAAAAAUAUGGAGGGUUCAGACCCUGCACAUAUUGCUGAAAGGCAUGGUCAUAAAGAACUCAAGAAAAUCUUUGAAGACUUUUCAAUCCAAGAAAUUGACACAAAUAAUGAGCAAGAAAAUGAUUAUGAAGAGGAUAUUGCCUCAUUUUCCACAUAUAUUCCUUCCACACAGAACCCAGCAUGUCAUCAUGAAAGCAGGAAGACAUACAGGCGGAGUGCAGAUGUUGCUGAGGCAAAUGAAAUGGAAGGGGAAGGAAAAGAGAAUGGAUCAGACAUGGAGGCCAAGCACAGCCCACUAGAAGUUGGCAGUCAGAGUUCUGAGGACCAGUAUGAUGACUUGUAUGUGUUCAUUCCUGGUGCCGAUCCAGAAAAUAAUUCACAAGAGCCACUCAUGAGCAGCAGACCUCCUCUCCCUCCGCCGCGACCCGUAGCUACUGCCUUCCAACUGGAAAGACCUCACUUCACCUUACCAGGGACAAUGGUGGAAGUCCAGAUGGAAAGAAGUCAAAACUGGGGUGAUCCUGGUGUUAUACAAGAAAAAGGAGAUGAGCUCAAAGGAGAAAAAGAUAAGAAAGAAGAUGAAAAAGAGCAGGAGGAGGAGGAGGAAGACCCAUAUACUUUCGCUGAGAUUGAUGACAGUGAAUAUGACAUGAUAUUGGCCAAUCUGAGUAUAAAGAAAAAAACUGAGAGUCGGUCUUUCAUUAUAAACAGACCUCCUGCCCCCACACCCCGACCCACAAAUAUACCUCCAAAAGAGGAAACUACACCUUACAUAGCUCAAGUAUUUCAACAAAAGACAGCCAGAAGACAAUCUGAUGAUGACAAGUUCCGUGGUCUUCCUAAGAAACAAGACAGAGCUCGGAUAGAGAGUCCAGCCUUUUCUACUCUCAGGGGCUGUCUAACUGAUGGUCAGGAAGAACUCAUCCUCCUGCAAGAGAAAGUCAAGAAUGGGAAAAUGUCUAUGGAUGAAGCUCUGGAGAAAUUUAAACACUGGCAGAUGGGGAAAAGUGGCCUGGAAACGAUUCAGCAGGAGAAGUUACGACAACUACGAGAUUGCAUUAUUGGAAAAAGGCCAGAAGAAGAAAAUGUCUAUAAUAAACUCACCAUUGUGCACCAUCCAGGUGGUAAAGAAACUGUCCACAAUGAAAAUAUGUUUCAUAACAUACCCUUCAGCAACAAGCUUCCUGCUCAGCCCCAAGUUGAAAAGGAAUUCGGUUUCUGUUGCAAGAAAGAUCAUUGAAGAAGGUUAUUAUAAUGAAACUCAAGAAUCUGCACACAUUUUGCUUUCAGGGUGAAGCAAGCUUGCAUUUGGAUUGCCUGCUCUCUUUAAAGCAAAUCCAUACUAUGAAAGCAGAAACACCUUCAGGUUUCAGAAUUUGUUAUUGGUAGAAUUUAUUGUCAUUAUACCUGCUUCAUAUGGGUAUAUUAAUAUUAAAACACAAUACCAUAGAGUAAUUGCAUUAUUUGAAAAUUCUUGCAUUUUACAAUGCACUUCACCACUGAAGCAGCUAAUUUCCAUUUUGAAAAUUAAAAGAAAAUAGCACAGAGAAGUUAAAUGCUGUGUAGCAAAGUUGUGGGGUCUGCUUGAGGGCACUAACCUCAACAGAUUAUUCCUCCUUCCCUUAGAAUAACCAUGAAAAUACAAACUUACUGAGCACAUUUUUGUUUUUAAGUAGCUGGUUCAUUUUCUGAAUUUCUGACAUUCAGAGUUCUGACAUCAUGUUUGCAGAAACUUGUCUUAUUUAGUGUCUAUUUGCAUGUAACCCUGAAAACAUUAUUAUUUGAAAACUUUUCUUAUCUCAAAUUAAUAUACAUUUUCACAACCUACCUUUGUAUUAAGACUUGCAAUUUUAUCAACCUAUUUCUUAGAAACAAUUUACUGGCUUAUAAUACAAUGCAAUUUUAUCAUACUAUAAUUUUCAUGUACAAAUGCCACAAAUAAAUUGAAUGUUUAAAGCUA